AUGUCGCUCUUAACCAAAGCUGAGCCCUCUAUGAGGCUGAACCAAGCCACAUGUCAGACCCAGACUGUGGUUGGAGACCACUGUGUGAAGCAGGAAGCAGAAGAGCUGUUUGUCUGUGUGAAGGUUGAGGAGGAACCAGAGGACAGUGAUCAGAUGAAGGAGGAACUAGAGGAGAGUGACCAGAUGAAGGAGGAACUAGAGGAGACUGACCAGAUGAAGGAGGAACCAGAGAAGCAGAGCAUCAAACAGGAGCAGCUGCAUAUGUCUGUUUCUGUGAAGAGGGAAGAGUUUUCUAUGCAGAUUAAAGAGGAGCAAGAGGAGCAGUGCAUCCAACAGGGGGAGCAGCUGCAAGACUCUGUUCCAGAGUCGAGUCCUGCCUCCGUGAAAACUGAAGAAAGACUAAGUGAGCCCAGAGAGGAAACGCAGAGAGAAGUUAUGAGCUCAGAGAUGGAGGGAGACACAGAGCAUUCUUCUGACAAUGACGAUGAUGAAGACUGGAGAGUUCCGUGCAAAGCGCCUUAA